UGACUCUGCCUGUUGCCUGUAGUUUUUUCUACUUUCAAAAGAAAAUGUUAUUAUCCUGCAUUAGGUGACUUCAUCCUCACUAUAAUCCAUUAUUCACAUACUGUCUAGACAAUAGAAAAACACUUCCAUUAAGUUACCUAUUUCUUAAUAAUUUUCAUAGCAAAUUAUUAUUAUCUUUUUUUGUUUGUUUAAUUCCCACCGACAGUGGAUACAAAGUUUGACAAUUGUAGCGACUUCCACAGUCGCUAGAGGCCGGGGAUGGAGCUUGCCUCUUUGCCUGACGCGCUGUCAACUUAUGCAAUAAUGCGAAAGGUGGAAUUGUUUGCUUAUUUAUUAAAGUGCUUUGAGAGUUUACAGAGUAAUGUGAUCAUCUCACGAUUUGUACUCUUACAACGUCACAGGCUCUAAUGUAACAAAGCAAAACAUGUUGUGCAGCGGUCAACAAAACUACGGCUACCCAGCCCUCCUCUCUGUCAAAAUCAAACCCCGUGAAUGACAGACUGACAACGCCCAUUUAUGUCACCGCUAGCACCCACGUGACUCCCAUAACCAAACAAAUGAAAACCCAGUGAUCAUCAAAAUUCUAUAUAUUUAGUUAUGGCUCCUACAACAAUGGUUCAGAGGUUGCUCAACAGAGAGUGAUUUAACCCUUUCAUGCAUGAUUUAUGACAACCUCAAGUAUUUUUAUUAAUCAAUAGACAUGAAAAAAAAAAAGAUUUGAACUUCAUCUUUUUAAACAUGCACAUUUCAAAGAGUUUUUUACAUGUUCACUUAGGUAGACAACAUACCUUUUGAAUAAAUAAUAUACACUGUGUUUUGUGUUUAUGUGCAAGUAUACCAUCAACAUUGACACAAAUACAAGGAAACAGCCUUUGAAUAGCUGUCCACUGUGUCACGGUCGGACGGUCCUUUCCGGACGACCUUGCUUGUGUUUAUGUUUUCUAUGUGUGUUUGCUUCUCCCUCUCUCUCUCCCCGGUCCUCGGGGCUUUUUACGGAAGGGCGCGCCGUGGGAGAGGCGUGUCCUGGCGACUGUCGUCAUUGGGAGUCCCUCUUCGCUGUUGCCGGCCCACCUGCAGCUGAUUACCUGACCAGCUGUUGGUAAUCAUCCCUCCCGGCUAGAAAGAGGUAUUUAACCUGGACUCGCGGCGACAGUCGACGUGGGAUUAUUACUCCGAACUAGAGGGGCGAGCGGAGAAGCGAGUUGGGGAGCACACACACUAAGGGAGUUACAACACGGAACGCACUGGGAGCAGGGACGAGCACGAUUGGAAAAUUGCACUUUUGAGUGAAUUGUUGGACUUGCCUGUCUGUUUCACUGUAAAUAAACGCACUGUGUUUCUGUGAAGAAGAACCGCGCCUGGGUCCCUCUUUUCCGUGACAUGUAGUGACCACUAUGCGUGAAAGAGUUAAAAAUGUGCUGGUCAACGAGAGUGAAAUGGACUGCUGCUAUUGGUCAGAACUAGCACGUGAGAAUGUGAUAAAUGUUACCGUUUUAUAAAGAAGGAAAACACAUUCAGUCUUUUUUUAAAAAACAUUGGACACUCGUGUCGAUUUCGAGGACUUUUACUCUGAAAGAAAGGAACAGGAAGACGCUAAUUUCACACGCACUAGAAUGGAACAGCUCAGCGAGAACUAACAACAAAAGUAUUCUAGCAAUGAUUACAUGAUCACGAUGAGGAUAAUAUGUUUUUAUUCGUGUUGCUUCUUUUUUUAUUCCAUGUCAUCUGCAGUGAAACACUCACUGCAGUAUCUGGUCACUGCAUCCUCUGGAGUCCCAAACAUCCCAGAGUUUAUGGGUGCUGUGGUGCUUGACAACAUCCAUAUGGUUUACUGUGACAGCAUUAACAAGAUAUUGGAACCAAGACAGAACUGGGUGAAGGAGAUGUUUGAAAACGACACUGAGCUGUUGGAGAUGUACACUCGAAAGUGUACUGUGAUUCUGCCCCAAAACUUGGGAAACCGUAUUUCUAGUCUGAAGGAGCAAUUCCAGAGUGAAGGUGUUCACAUUUUACAGAUGAGAGAAGGCUGUGAAUGGGAUGAAAAAACUGGAGAGGUGACUGGAUUUUUACAGUACGGUUACAACGGAGAAGACUUUGUUGAGUUUGAUCUGAAGACUCUGACGUGGAUCGCACUGAAACCAGAAGCUGCCAUUACUAAACAAAGAUGGGAUGCUGACAGUGUUAGAACAAAACUCAAUGAAGACUUCCUCACUAACAUUUAUCCACAGUGGAUGAAGAUGUUUUUAUCCUAUGGGAAACGCUCCCUGCAGAGAACAGUUCUUCCCAUGGUGUCUCUCAUAGAGACGACUCCUACCUCUCCAAUCAGCUGCCACGCUACAGGUUUCUAUCCUGACAGAGCUGUGAUGUUCUGGAGAAAAGAUGAAGAGGAAAUUCAUGAUGGUGUGCAUCCUGGAGAGAUCCUCCCCAACAAUGAUGGGUCCUUCCAGGUGAAUGUUGAUCUGAAUGUUUCAUCAGUCAAACCUAAAGACUGGAGCACAUAUGACUGUGUAUUUCAGUUCUCUGAUGGUGAACAUGUCAUCACCAAACUGGACAAAACAGUGAUCAGAACAAACUGUGGAAAAAAAAUACUUUGCAAUGAUGGAGGUGAGAGAAACAUCUUGUUUGCUGAUAUUGUUAAUAUAAUGCUUUAUUUGUUUAUCCUAUAUUGGAUCCCAGGAGGCAUAACUGCCAUGUUGGGAAUAACUCUUGAUAGGGAAUAAUUUCUUCUUUUUUAAUUAUUGUAUAUUACAAUCAUUUUCUCUCUCUCUCUCUUUCAUUGUGAUUAUAAGCUCUUACUGUUGAUAUUAGUAAGAAAAACCUGAAUUUCAUGCCACCCUGAAUGUGAUAUUAGAACUUCUACAUUUGUCACCAAACUACAAAAUGUAGAAGACCACCUGAAAGCUGUGUCCUCAAGAAGAAAUGUUUAAUUGCAUUCCUAAAGUUUUGGAUUUUGUACUUUAAGACUUUAAGUAAUGCCCCAAAGGGGCAAAAACCACUCAACACUCAACAGAAACCGCAUUACUUAAAGUCUCUAGUAACAUUAUGAUGUCAGCUGACUCCGGAGCAUCCACAGUCAUGGUUUUGUUGGACUUGACAUCUGCCUUUGAUACCAAAGAGCCUGAUUAACAGGCUCUGGGAUGUAGUGUGUCCGGUCUGGCUUUGAAGUGGUUUCAGUCAUACCUCUCCAACAAAUCAGUUUUUGUCACAUUCUAAGGAUCUGACAUGUGGGGUACCGCAGGGUUCAGCUCUGGGUCCUAUUCUUUUUCUUUUGUACAUGUUACCUCUAGGAUUUAUAAUUAGGCAGUUCCCUGAGGUGUCUUAUGACUUCUAUGCUGAUGAUAUUCAGCUCUAUUGCUCUUUUAAGCCGAUGGAAGUCCAUAAACUGUGGUCUUUAAUUAAAUGUUUAGCUUCCAUUGAACAGUGGCUUGGAGACAACUACUUACAGUUGAACUCUGAGAAGUCAGAAACAUUAAUUAUUGCCCCUGACAGCCAGAUAUCUCUAAUCAAACAGCAUCAAUGUUCUCUUGGCUCAUCUGUACCUUGGUGUGAUCUUUGAUUCUGCCAUCUCCCUAGAACAACACUCUCACCAGUUAAUUAGGAAUUGCCUUUUUCAGCUAAGAAACAUCUCCAAACUAUGAACUUUGUUGUCUACAUCUGAGUUAGAAAUGGUUAUUCAUGCUUUUAUUUCAUCUCACUUAGAUUAUUGUAACAAUCUUUUUCUUUGUUUGAGCAAAAGCAAUCUUGACCGUCUCCAGAAUUAGUCCAGAAUGCUGCUGCAAGGCUUUUAACUAAGACACGAAAAAGAGAGCACAUUACACCAGUGUUACGUUCAUUACACUGGCUUCCAGUACAUUUUAGAAUUGAUUUUAAAAUCUUAGAACUGACUUUUAAAGCUUUGAAUUGUAAUGCCCCUGCCUACAUUUCAGAUCUUUUAGAACCCUACGCUCCGUCUCACAGCCUGAGAUCAUCUAAUCUAAGGCUGUUGGUAGUCCCACGAACACGUUUUAAGACCAGAGGUGAUAGAUCUUUUAGAACAGUGACCCCCAGGUUGAGGAAUGCACUCCCUCCAUCAUUACGUUGCCUUGAUUGUAUUUAUUCUUUUAAAAAGCAGCUUAAGACAUUUUUUUUAUUUAGAUAGGUUUUUAAUUAGUUUUUUGUGCUGUAUGUUUGAUUUUU